ACUUGUAGGAAAAAAAUCAAGAAAAAAUAAAGUUCGAUAAAAAAGAAAGGAGAUUUGAGCAGCGCUGUGCACGAGGCGUGAGUGUUUGUUUUUGCGUUGUCUUGUUUUACAGCUGCGCGCGCAUGUUGCCUCACAACGUUGUUUGAGUGUGGUGCAGACAUACAGCUGUGCGUGGGGAUGUUCUGUUCACCUGCUGAUUGAUGAUCAAUUCUAGGGUUAGGGUUUUUUUAAUUAUCUUCUAAUUUCAAUGGCAGAUUGGCAACACCUUCUCCAAUCAAUCUUCAUAGGUCUUCUCUUCUCAUACCUCCUCGCCAAACUCAUUUCCAUCGUUGUUUCUUUCCAAAACGACAAUCUCCGUAUCACCCGAAACCCAAAACCCCAAUUGAACGAACCCGCCCCCGCCCCCGCCCCCGCAUCAGGGAGUGAUGGUGGUGGUGGUGGUGGUGGUGGUGAUGAUGAUGAUGAUGAUUGGGAAGGUGUGGAGAGUACGGAAUUGGAUGAAAUGUUUAGUGCAGCUACGGCAUUCGUGGCUGCAGCUGCGGCGGAUCGGGUUUCGUUGAAGGUAUCGAGUGAUUUGCAGUUGCAGCUUUAUGGGUAUUAUAAGAUUGCUACUGAAGGUCCUUGUACUAGCGCGCCUCCUUCUGCUCUCAAAAUGACUGCCCGUGCCAAAUGGCAAGCAUGGCAGAAAUUGGGUGCUAUGCCACCAGAAGAUGCUAUGCAGAAGUACAUUGAUAUUAUUACAGAGCUGUAUCCUACCUGGGCUUCUGGUUCAGCUAUGAGCAAAGACAGAGAUGGUGUUGGACCGAGCAAGGAUGGCAAAGGACCAAUGGGACCGGUUUUCAGCACUUUUGUCUAUGAGGAGGAAUCAGGAACAGAGUUGAAAAUGGAUGCCAUUCAUGCGUUUGCCAGAGAAGGAGAAGUGAAUAAUUUGAUCAAAUGCAUUGAUGGUGGUGUUUCUGUGAACUUGAAAGAUAGUGAGGGUCGGACUCCUUUGCAUUGGGCGGUAGAUCGUGGUCAUCUUAAUAUUGCCGAGGUGCUUGUUGGAAAGAAUGCAGACAUAAAUGCAAAGGAUAAUGAAGGCCAAACCCCGCUGCAUUAUGCUGCUGUCUGUGAGAGAGAAGCAAUUGCUGAAUAUCUUGUGAAGCAAAAUGCAGAUACAGAUGCGAAGGACAACGAUGGGCAGUCUGCCCAUGAUCUCUGUGAGUCAGAUUGGUCUUGCCUUCAAUGCCCCGCGGCAUAGACUGACCGGCUGCCUGUUUAUUUCAUGGUUUGUCCCCAUUAGUCUUCUUGAAAAAUUCCCCGCAGAUGUAUAUGACUACAUACAACCUUUGAACUUUGUUCAUCUUAGCAACAAAUUUACUGAUGACAUCACGUUCUCUGCCAUGGCCCCUCAUGUUUACUUUUCUCUUCCCUUCACGUAGUUUAUGUAAAAAACAUGAAGGUUGAGUUUAGAGGGUCGUUAAAUGACACGCGAUAUGCUAUGCCUCUUUGCCAUUAAAUGAUCGGUUUAUAGUUCGGUUGCAAGCCUCAUCAUGUUUUUUAAAUCCUCGUAUGUCUGCCGAGUUCUGUGUAUCACACACAGAAGGAACCAUUUUGUAUAUGCUUGUGAUUUUCCCAGAAUUAUAAAACGGAUUGGGUUUCUCGCCAUAAA